UCUUUUUCUUCUCCAACUUCACUAGAAAAAAAAAAAAAAAUCUUUUUCCUUUGUAUUUAAUCAACUUUCCCUCUCUUCUCCUCAUUUCUUUGCCUUCCAGCAUGGGAAAUUGAACUCAAAUCUUUAAACUUACAAAAAAAUGAAAAUGUUUUUCAAAUUCGUCCUCAUCUUUUCACUUCUCAUACUUGCAACCAACUCAAAGUCCAUCUGCAACAACACAACAGACCAAGAACUGCUCAAAAAUGCCUUCAAAUCCGUUUCCGGGUUCAAUUUUUCUUGGCUCAAACCUUCAGAUUCAAACUGUUCGAGUCCGCACAUUCAAGAAAUCAGACUCCCUUCAAGAAACUUGAGCGGAAUUAUCUCAUGGAAGUUUUUCAAGAACAUGACAAAUUUGAAUGUUAUUGAUCUCUCAAAUAAUUCAAUUCAAGGUCAUAUUCCAGGUUGGUUUUGGUCUAUAAAAAGCUUGAAACAAGUCAAUUUAGCUAGAAAUAUGCUCGGAGGAAGCAUAGGGUUUGCUCAUAAUCUAAAUUUGUCCUCUAUCAAAGCUCUUAAUCUCUCAACUAACCGGUUCACAAAUUUGGGCAAACUCUCUGGUUUUACCAACUUGCAAAUUCUUGAUCUUUCGAGUAAUAAUCUCGGUUCUUUAUCUUCUGAUUUUUCUAACCUGACAAAAUUAGUGUCUCUCAAUAUUUCAAACUGUAAAAUCUCAGGCUCUGUGAAAAUUAUCUCAGGGUUUGGUUUACUGAAAUAUUUAGAUGUGUCUAAUAACAGUAUGACCGGUAGUUUUCCCGGCGAUUUUCCGCCGUUGGGUGGUCUGAAAUUCUUGAAUGUUUCUUUAAACAACUUCACCGGAGUUGUCAACUCCAAGAAAUUUGGAAGCUCUGCUUUUAUUCAAGGUGGGAAAUUUAAUUUAACAAGAGCUAAAAACCCAUCAAAUUCUACUCAUUUUAAACCAAACCCACAUCAAAAAAACACCACCCAGAAACAAAAUCAUCACCCACCGGUUCACAGAACCAAAACCAAAAAACCCAAACCAAAUAUCAAAACUUUAACCAUUUGGGUCGGUUCAAUAUCAUUAUUUUUCGUUGUCUCUAUAGCUAUUUGUAUUUUUUGCAUGUAUAGAAAAAGAAAAACAGCUACAAGAAAAAAAUGGGCAAUCUCAACUCCAAUUCAGUUGCCAUUUAAAUUGGAGAAAUCAGGACCGUUCAGUUUCGAAACGGAGUCGGGUACAUCAUGGGUGGCUGACAUUAAAGAACCAACAUCAGCACCGGUAAUCAUGUCAUCUAAGCCGUUGAUGAACUUGACGUUCAAAGAUUUGAUAGCUGCCACGUCACACUUUGGGAAAGACUCACUCCUGUCUGAAGGCAGAUGUGGACCCCUUUAUAGAGCUGUCCUGCCAGGUGAUCUCCACGUGGCAAUCAAAGUGUUGGAGAAUGCUAGAGAGAUUACUGAUGAAGAAGCUGUUGCCAUUUUUGAAGGGUUUUCGAGGCUUAAACAUCCUAAUCUGUUGCCUCUAUGUGGUUACUGUAUUGCAGGUAAAGAGAAGCUGGUUCUGUACGAAUUCAUGGCCAAUGGUGAUCUCCACCGUUGGCUCCACGAGCUUCCCACACUCAAACCCAACGUCGAAGACUGGAGCACUGACACAUGGGAACACCAUAAUAUUUCUGGGUCCCACGUUUCUUCACCUGAAGAAAAAACCAACUGGCUCACGCGCCACCGUAUUGCUGUUGGAGUGGCGCGUGGACUUGCCUACCUUCAUCAUGCUGGUUCCACUCAUGGCCACCUUGUGUCGUCUAAUAUCCUCCUCUCCGAUACGUUAGAGCCCCGAAUAGCUGACUUCGGGCUUCGAAAUAUUGGCCCGGAAAAUAAAGUGAACAGAGAAGAAUCGGAAAAUGCAUUUGAUGUAUAUCGAUUCGGUGUCGUAUUAAUUGAAAUAUUGACGGGUAAAGAAGAAAGCGACGAGAAUGUGGAAUGGGUAAGGAGACUAGUAAAAGAAGGACGUGGAGUGGACGCCCUAGAUGCACGAUUACGAGUAAUUGGCGACUCAGUGAGUGAAAUGGUCGAGUGCCUCCGAGUGGGGUACCUAUGUACGGCGGAGUUGCCUAGUAAAAGACCGACGAUGCAACAAGUUUUGGGUUUGCUUAAAGACAUCCACCCCGAGUUGAGCUGAGAACAGCUGAGCUAACUCGAGUAAGUCGAGUAUUUCUAUUCUCAGCGCGUAGAUUGGACAAUUUAGUUAGAUUAUAUUUUGUUUUAUCUUGUAUUUUAAUUAUUAUCUGAGUAGAUAAUUUUGGUCAUGUAUAGACAAAAAAAUUAAAAGAAAAAAGUAAAUUUAAAAAAAGAGACAAAGGGAUGGUGGGGAUGAAAUGUUGUGAGAGAGGUGAACACAUAGAUCAGAGAAUCCCACUUAUUGUUUGUCUCUUCUUUCGGGAUUUACCAUCAUCAUCUUCUUCUCUAGGCUUUUAA